CAAACGUUAGCAGCUUUGCGUACAUGGCCACUAUACUUGAUCCUCGAUUACUCGACGAGGAUUCGUUAGAUUUGUCGUAUCUUCCCUUGUCGCACAUGAUGGAACAAGUAUCUCAUUGGACGCUGUUAAUGUAUGGGUGCCGAAUUGGAUAUUUCAGUGGCAGUAUUCCGCGCCUCACAGAGGAUAUGGCGGCACUUCAACCUACCGCUAUAAUGGCUGUGCCACGCAUAUUAAACAGAAUAUAUGGUGCAAUUCAGGCUAAAGUUCAAGGCAAUUUCUUCAAAAGGAUGAUCUACAAUAUUGCUCAUGCGAAAAAACUUGAGUUAUUAAAGGAAGGUAUCUACACAAAAGACACUAUCUGGGAUAAACUAGUCUUUAGUGCUGUUCAGAAACAAAUGGGUGGGAAUGUUAACCUUUUGGUCGCAGGAUCAGCCCCUCUAUCAGAAGAAGUUUUACAAACAUGCAGAAUUGCUCUUGGAGCUAGAAUAGCGGAAGCCUAUGGACAAACAGAAAGCACAGCUAUAGCUACGCUUGGCUGGCUCGGGGAUUGGACUGGUGGCCACUGUGGAGGUGUUUCAACGUGUUGUAAUAUAAAACUUAUUGACGUUCCAGAAUUAAAUUACUAUGCCAAAGAUGGGAAAGGAGAGAUUAUGAUUCGAGGGCCAAACGUUACCCAAGGCUAUUUCAAAGAUCCUGAAAAGACCAAGGAGCUGUUCGAUAAAGAUGGUUUUAUCCAUAGUGGAGAUAUCGGUGAAAUGCUGCCGAAUGGCACAAUCAGAAUCAUAGACCGGGCGAAGCAUAUAUUCAAACUAGCGCAGGGUGAAUAUGUAGCUCCAGAAAAAAUUGAAAGCGUAUAUAUUCGUAGCCCUGUUCUACAGCAAGUGUUUGUUGAUGGUGAUAGCUUAGAAAGAUAUCUCAUUGCUAUCGUAGUUCCACAAAUUGAAGUUAUGAAAGAAUGGAAUAAAGAGCAUGGUGUACCUGGCCGCUCACUGAAGGAAAUUUACGCAGAUAAAAAGGCACAAGAAUAUGUACUCUCUCGACUGCACGAGAUUGGAAAAGAGAAUAAACUUAACUCAAUAGAGCAGGUAAAAUGGGUAUAUCUUGAAAUGGAAGCGUUUUCUGUAGAAAAUGGUUUACUUACGCCUACACUGAAAGCAAAGCGACCACAACUACAUCAAAAAUAUAAGGAAAUUAUGCAUAAAAUUUAUGAAGAAAAUAGGAAUUUGUAGAA